UGCUUUUUUAGUUAAUGAAUAGUCAUGAAGCCAGAAAGAGGGAGGGGCUAGAGAUUUGUUGUUGGCUGCAUCUGGAAGCUGACAGGGCAAGCAGAACUGGCGGAAAAUCAGAAAAUCAGUUUCUUGUACUGGAGUUGUUGUGAGAAGUUGGUUUCAUUCAGAGCAUCUGAAGCGAAGGGGUGAGACGUGAAGGACUGAGAAUUGCACAAGUCACCUGUAUUUUCGGGGAGGUCACAUGACCAGACCGGUGGGAGAAUCUCCCCUGUCUUUUGCCUGCCUUGCGGGAUCGCUACAAUGCUGUGUGUCGGUGACCUGCCUCAUUACUACAGCACGUCUCAGUACAGCCUACUGAGCAGCAGUAUGGACCAAGGUUUGGGGAACAGAGCAGCGUCUACCAGUCCCUACAGCUCAGAGACCACCUCCAACGUGCCAACGCCGUCGCCGUACUCGCAGCCAAACUCAACCUUCGAGGCCAUGUCUCCAGCCCCGGCCAUCCCUUCCAAUACAGACUACCCCGGGCCGCACAACUUCGAGGUCACUUUCCAGCAGUCCAGCACCGCCAAGUCAGCCACCUGGACGUACUCUCCAUUGCUCAAGAAAUUAUACUGUCAGAUUGCAAAGACUUGUCCGAUUCAGAUCAAACUGGCAUCUUCACCCCCGAACGGCAGUGUGAUCCGAGCCAUGCCCAUCUACAAGAAGGCUGAGCACGUCACAGAGGUGGUCAAACGUUGCCCGAAUCACGAACUCGGACGGGACUUCAACGAAAGUCAGACGGCUCCUGCCAGUCAUUUGAUAAGAGUAGAGGGCAAUAAUCUGUGUCAGUAUGUGGACGACCCAGUAACAGGUCGACAGAGUGUUCUGGUCCCGUAUGAGUCUCCACAGGUGGGCACAGAGUUCACGACCAUUCUGUAUAAUUUCAUGUGCAACAGCAGUUGUGUUGGAGGAAUGAACCGCAGGCCAAUCCUCAUCAUCAUCACGCUGGAGACACGAGACGGUCAGGUUCUCGGUAGGCGCUCAUUUGAGGGACGGAUUUGUGCUUGUCCGGGUCGCGACCGAAAAGCAGACGAAGACCAUUUCAGGGAGCAACAGGCUCUAAACGAGAGCGUGGCCAAAAAUGGAAAUGCCAAUAAACGAAAUUUCAAACAGACUCCAACCAAUAUUACAGGCCCUUCCAUCAACAUCAAGAAGAGGAGGCACGGAGAAGAGGAGAUGUAUUACAUACCAGUGCGCGGCCGGGAAAACUUUGACAUCCUGAUGAAGAUAAAGGACAGUUUGGAGCUUGUAGAGUUUGUCCCACAACAGUUAGUGGAUUCAUACAGACAACAACAACAGCAGCUCCUCCAGAGACAAAAUCAUGUCGCCUCUCCGUCUUCAUACGGGACACUCAAUAACAUGAAUAAGAUUCACGGGCCAAUAAGCAAACUGCCCUCAGUGAAUCAGCUCGUGACACAACAGACCCAGCAGAGCGCAGGACCCUCCGCAUCUUUAUCACAUAUGGGUGCGAACAUGUUGGGAGGACACCACAUGCAGUCUAACGGCGAUGUGAAUGGCGCUCACCAGUCCCAGUCUAUAGUGUCCACCUCUCACUGUACCCCUCCCCCACCUUACAACCCCGACCCCAGCCUCGUCAGUUUCUUAACCAGCCUGGGCUGCCAAAACUGUAUCGACUACUUCACGUCUCAGGGACUCCAGAGUGUGUACCACCUUCAGACUCUUACUAUGGAGGACCUUGGGGCCCUGAAGAUUCCUGAGCAGUUCCGGCUGGCGAUCUGGAGGGGUCUGCAGGAGAUGAAGCAGGGCCAUGAUUAUGGCCAGCAGCUGAUCCGCUCCAGCAGUAACAUGGCCACCAUGGCCAUCGGCCCCAGCGGAGAACUGCAACGGCAGCGCGUCAUGGAGGCCGUGCACUUCAGAGUCCGCCAUACCAUCACCAUCCCCAACCGCGGACCGGCCAACGGACCCGAGGAAUGGCCCGACUUCGGCUUUGACAUGCCCGACUGCAGGUUACACAAACACUCCAUUAAAGAGGAGUUUGCCGAAGGCGACGUUCACUGAGAAGAGCCGGCUUUUUUCCCCACACGCAUUACUAUAUUGUACGUAUUGGGUCAUUGAAACUGCAGCAGACGGUUUAUAUUUUCAAUAUAGUAGCACUUCUGUACUUUUUAGUUCCAGACAAAACAUUUUAUUUGAUUGUCAUUCGUGGCCUUACGCUAAUAUUACAAUCACUAACAACAACAAAACAGUCAAUUUAAAGUCACUGAUUAAAAACAACGAUAUUGGUGGUAUGUAGAUUUUUGAAUGGGUAGAAGCCGUGUGACAUUUCAGAAUAUUGCCUUAUUUAUUAUUUGGCUUGGUGUAAAUAAUAUUUGUGCAAUUGUGUAUGAUAUUGACGCAUGUAUGUUCGAAACAAGUGUGAAGUUGUGGAUUAAGUAAAUGCUUUGACUUAUGAAUCAUGCUGUAUAUUUGCAGAUCUUGAUAAGCGCGAGUUUAUCGAAGCCAUAUGUGUGUGACUUGAUCAAAAGGCAUUGUGUAGUUGAAUUAUUCUCUCGUUACAAUAUGUCAUAAUUUAUGUGUGAUUCAUCAUUCAGGAGUUUUACAAUGAAAAGAGACAUUCGGAAGUGGGACUCGACCACAGGAUAAAAAAAUAAAUCAAACUUUUAAUUUAAAUUCAAAUUUUAGAUUUUAAAAAUUGGCUGAAUGUUUAUCUUGCAAUAUAACAUGUGGAACAGACAGAUUUCUCACAAUUCUGUUAAUUGUUUAAAAAAAUAAAACGAUUUAUUUAAAUUAAAUAAUAUACAGUGGUCCCUCAUAAAUCAUGAGAGUUACGUUCUUAAAAUAACUCGCAAUAGGCAAAAUCCGUAAAGUAGUCUACUUUAUUGUUUCACUUAUUACAUGUUUUAAGGCUGUAAAACCGAAUGUAACAAACCGAUAAUUGAUUUAUUCUGUAAUGGUGCCCUACAUCCACGUAACUUCAACCUGUCCUUUAGCAUAUAUAGAAGUCCAACAUUUUGUGCGAUGGUUAGCAUCUUUCUUUGCCUAUUGGGGGCUAACGCAGGUGCCUUUGUGGGUGCAGAACAAUCGUCAAUAUUAUGGGGUUUGUUGCAAACACAGUCCAGCACUUUAAUUCACGAAUCUGUGAAUCUGGCAAGCUAAACGCAUUCUGUACUGUACAGAAGACACAGCACGGAGGAGAUUGACUGACAUUGGUCUACAGCCAAUCAGGACGCAGAACACAAUACCCUAAUUACGACGCAGAACACAAUGUGCAGUGAAAAAAGCAUGUCAAAAUGCCACCCAAAAAAUUUUAAACUGUGAGGCCUCGAAAGGUAAACCGCGUUAUAGCGAGGGACCACUGUACUUUUAAAAUAAAUAAAUAGUCACAGUUUUGAGAUUUCACGUUAUUUCUUUCAAUUAUAAUUCUCAUUAUGUAAUUAUAUUCAUAGGCUUCCUUGCGAUUUUGAGUUUUCGUUUCACAACUCUGACUUUUUGUUUAGAAUUUCGACUUUAUUUCUUUCAAUUGGGAGUUUAUUUUGCAGUUUUGGGUUUGCUUCUUACAAUUCGACCUUUAUUUUUUGCGAUUAUGACUAUUUUCACAGUGUAUUUCACAAUUUUGAGCUUUUUUUAGAAUUUAAUUUUAUUUCUUGCAAUUUUGUUUUAAGGGCUAUUUUAGGACAGUGUUUCUCAACCACGUUCCUGAAGGACAACCGACCCUGCAUGCUUUGGAUGUCUCUUUUGUCACACCUAUUACAGGUCUUUCAGACCCCAUUUACACCAUUUGUUUUAGUUUAAAACGCAUAACUUUUGCUACGGUUACACCUUCCGUCAAUUCUACCCCAGAGUUUUCGAAGCCCCAAAAACGGAGCAUUUCGGAAAUGCUGAAGAGGCCGUUUUCUUUUAAAAACACUGCUGCUCCAUGUCAGUGUGGAUGGAGAAUAUUAUAAUAAAUAUUACCAUCUCUUUUGCUGAACAUCAAAUUUAAUAAAUAAUAAUGGCCAUUAUAAAAGUAAUGUACAAUAAGUUUACACAAUAUCUAAUGUGUCCUUAGAUAGAGACAAGAUGAAUUAAAUAUCACGUUUAUCAACUAUAGUGAGAUGAGAUCCAGCGGUAGAUCCUUGAUGAGCUGUCCGACGUGUGCUGCUCUCACCUGGGUAGUUGUGCUCAAAGCACCCAUUGACUGCCUGGAGCUCAGACCUGUGCAUAUGCUGUAGCGCAUGUCAGAGUGUGUGUGGUCUUGUGAUUUGCGUUUUCAGCAGUGUUGUGUAGACGGAGAGUUGUUCAGAAACUCUGGGUGAAAUUCCAGUGUGGACCCGGAUCGUUUUCAUUCUAAAAAUUAUUAAAAUGUUUUAGGGAAAACUCACACUAUGCUAUCCGAACCGUGCC